AUGUCGAGCGGAAAGAUCCAGCCCCUUCUCUGCAGCGGACAUACACGCCCUGUGACGCAUUUGCAAUUUUCCAACAAAUUGGACGAUGGCUCGUUCCUCCUCAUCUCGGCCUGUAAAGAUGGAAACCCCAUGCUCCGUAAUUGGCUAGGAGACUGGGUCGGAACUUUUCUCGGACACAAAGGGGCUGUCUGGAGCAGCAAGAUCUCGCUAGACACGUCUCGCGCUGCGACAGGCAGUGCGGAUUUCUCUGCCAAGGUCUGGGACACGUACAGCGGGGAAGCUUUACAUACGUUCCAACAUGCGCAUAUCGUACGGACCGUCGCGCUCAGUCCGCAGGUGACACCGCAGUACCUCUUGACCGGAGGAAACGAAAAGAAGAUCCGACUAUUCGACCUCGGCCGACCGGACGCCGAACCGCUCGUCCUCGGAGGCGACUACCCAGGCAACACCUCGUGCAAGGGUACGGUCCGCUCGCUCGUCUGGGACGAAGGUCAAGGCGGGGUCGUAGGAAUAAGCGCGGCCGAGGACGGUUUCGUCAGGUGGUGGGAUCUGAGGACGUUGAAACAGACGAGUUGCUUGGACAUGGGAGAACCGGUGAAUAGCAUGGAGAUGGUACAUGGAGGAGGGACUUUGAGCGUGACGAGUGGCAAGACGGUGCAUUUCCUCGAUAUCAUGGGACAACACCCACCCGUCUCGAUUCCCCUGCCUCACCCGGUUUCAUCGGCCUCACUUCACCCGGUCAAACGUGAUCGAUUCGUCGUCGGUUCGUCCGCUGACCCAUGGGUGAGGGUGUACGACCUGGACACGGGGAAAGAGCAGGAAGUGUACAAGGGUCAUCAUGGACCGGUGCACUGUGUCAGCUAUAGUCCAGACGGAGAGGUCUAUGGGAGCGGUUCGGAGGAUGGGACGAUUCGGCUUUGGCAGACGAGUCCGGGUACAACGUAUGGGCUGUGGCAGUCUCCACACGGCCAGCAGCAACAAGCAGGAGAAGCCAAUGGCAACGGGACCGUAUUGACGUACUGA